AUGUCUCCACACCGAGUGCGACGGAGCUGUUACUGCAAUAGAUUCUGCUACCCCUGUGGGAGCCGCUGGGCCGACCAGCGAGGGGAAAUGGCUGCUCUGCGCCAGGUCGUUGUCGUGCAGAACAGAGCUUGCCGCACUGCCGCGGACGUCUUCUCCUCACAGAUGUUCCGUUUCCAUCUGGAGAGGUGGCAGUGGGAGCGCGUGGUACCCGCCGGGGGGAAGGCGCCUGCUGCUGCUGGGCACUCCAUGGUCUUCCACCCGCCCUCCCGCGCCCUGCUGGUGUACGGGGGGCACCGGCCCUCCACAGCCCGGGGGCUAUGCAGGGGGGGCUCCGUGCGCCUCAUCCUCUCACCCAGCAACUGCUUCCUGUGCGAGGAGUACCGGGACUGCCACGCCUGCAGCGCGGACCCAUUCUGUGAGUGGCAGGUGAACAGUAGCAAGAAGGGGGAUCUGCUGUGUAGCCGCCGUGGCCGACAGCCCCAUGCCAUCCGUGCCCCCCACGACUGCCCCGUGCUGUGCCACCAGCGGAGCACGUGUACCGAGUGCCUGUCCAACUCCAGCCAGUGCGCCUGGUGCCAGUCCACCCGCAGCUGUUUCUUCUUCGCCGCCUACCUGGCCAAGUACCCGUACGGGGAAUGCCGGGGCUGGUACGACAGCCAGGAGUGCGGGCAUGGGCGGUGCAGCGGCUCCCCAGACUACGCGUGCGAGUGCGAGCUGGGCUGGACGUCGGGGCCGGGCGCCGGGGGCAAUGGCAGCGCAGGGGGUGCCCAGUGCAGCGUGGAUUGUGGCUGCCACUUCCACAGCAGCUGUGAGGUCGGGGGACCCGGGGUGUGCGAUGAGUGCCAGGACUGGACCCACGGCGAGCACUGCCACCUCUGCCGGCCCGGCAGCUUCGGUGAUGCCAUGAGCCCGGGUGGGUGCCAGGCAUGUGAGUGCAACGGGCAUGGCCUGCCCGAGCUGGGCCACUGCCACGGGGCCACGGGGGCCUGCUACUGCGCCCCCCCUGCUGAGGGACCCCACUGCGAGCGUUGCGCUGCCGGGUUCUAUGGGGACCCCAGGAAUAUGGGCACCUGCUACCGGGCAUGUGAUGGGCGCUCGCUGCUGGCCAACCUCUCGGAUUCGGGGUCCUUGGGCUCCCGGCGGGCAGGGGGGGUGCCUGGGGACCUGGCCCACUGCCUGUGGGUGCUGUCAGCCUCGCCCGGCCUGGAACCCUGCCCACCUGCCCAGCCCUGCCCCACCAUCAGCCUGACCCUGCAGCCCGACCUCAGCACCCCCUGCAUGCACAGCUACGUCUACGCCUUCGACGGGCUGCCGGCCUUUCUGGACAGUGGGGAGAUCCAGGCCGACCGGACCCUCAUCGGCGCCUUCUGCGGGCAGGGCCGUGCCCAGCCCCUCACUGUGGAGGCCACGUCAGGUGGGUGCUGCCAGCGUCGGGGGAGGCAGCUUGGGCCCCCCGGGGUCCUGGGCACGGCACGGGGUUGGGGGUGUCCCAGGGCUCCAGGCUGGGGGCUCUCACGGCUCCGGGUGAAGCCAGGCAGGACUCUGGGGCAGCGUCUCCUGCAGGGCACCUGUCACCAGGGCCAGGAGCCUGCUCGGCUUCGGGGCCUCCUGGGUCCGACCUCAGAGCGUUCAGCCCCCUGCUCACCCCGGGCCCCCCCGCAGCGAGUCUCCCUGGAUGGGGCCCCUGGGGAGCCUCACACGCCCCCAAAGGGCCCUCCCCUCCCCAGCGACUCCCAGCCAGUGAGUGACCCCGAUGGGUUAUUAGUCAUGGGGGACCCAGCGCAGAACAGAGCUUGUGAGCACAGGGACCAGGGACCCGCAGCAAAGUCCGUCUGGGGGAGACCCAGCGACCCCCCAGUCCCAAGCCAGGAGACUGACCAGUUCCCCCAGCCCAGCCUCCCACCCCCUGUAGCCCCCUUGGCCUUUGUCCCUUUGCUGGGCCAGCAGGUCCCCUGGGCUGCACCAGGACCCCCGGCCAGCCCUGCAAGGCCAAGCUCCAGCUGUCAGUGCUGGGCAUUGCCCCCUGCCUGGUACCGUCCCCUGCCCCACACCCAGUGCUGGCCUCCCAGCCCCCAUUCCGCGGCCCCUCGGGCGCUGACCCUGCCUCUGCGUCUGUCCCAGGACACGGCCAGCCGGUUCCUGCACCGCCUGGGCCACACCAUGGUGGAGGGGCCGGAGGCCACGCUCUGGAUGUUCGGGGGCCUGUCGCUGCGCCAGGGGCUGCUGGGCACCGUCUACAGAUACUCCAUCCCAGAGCGCCGCUGGACCCAGAUGCUGGCAGGGACGGAGGAUGGGGGGCCGGGGCCCAGCCCCCGCUACUUCCACGCCGCGGCCUACGUGCCGGCGCGCCAGGCCAUGGUGGUGCUGGGGGGGCUGGCGGCCGGCGGCGUCGCCAGCGACUGCUGGGUGCUCAACCUCACGACGCUGCAGUGGAGGCAGCAGCAGGACCCCCUGCUCCCGGCCGUGGCGGGACACACGCUGACCCCCCGGCGCGGCACCUCCCUGCUGGUCAUCGGCGGCUACUCCCCAGCUGACGGCUUCAACAAGCAACUGCUGGAGUACGGCGUGGAGAGCGAGCGGUGGCAGGCGGGAAUGGCGGCCGGGACCCCCCCCACAGGUCUGUAUGGGCACUCGGCCGUGUACCACGAGGGCACAGACGCUGUGUACGUUUUCGGGGGUCAGCGUUUCCAUGUGGAGACAGUGUCGGCCUCCCCCGAACUCUAUAGCCUGCACUGCCCCAGCCGGACCUGGAGCCUGCUGGCCCCUGCCCAGGGCCCCAAGCCGCUGUCUCACUUCUUCCAUGCGGCGGCCGUGCUGCAGGACACGAUGGUGGUGGUUGGGGGCUGCACGGAGACCAAGGACUUCACCAGCCACCUGCUGCUUUACCAGCUCAACUGCAACACCUGGAUCCUGCCCAACCAGACAGGCCCAGCGGUGGUGGACGUGCCCAUGAACGAGUCGGUGGCCCACGCGGUGGCCGCGGUCGGGGGCCGGAUCUACGUCUCCGGGGGGUUCAGCGGGGUGGCGCUAGGGCGCAUGGUGGUGCUGACGGUGCCUUCUGACCCCUGCCUCGUCUUCCCUGGCCCCGACGCCUGCAACCACUCGAGUGCCAGCUGCACCUGGUGCCGCAGCAGCUGCCUGUCCGCCGACGCCGCCGAGAGGCUGGGCUGCCCGGCUGGGGCGGCCGCCUGCUUCCCCACACCACGGUCGGCAGAUGAGUGCCGACGCCUGAGGACCUGCAGCGAGUGUCUGGCCCGGCAUCCCCAUGCCAUGAGCCAAAGGUCGGGCACCAUGGCACCCCCACAGUGCAAGUGGUGCACGAACUGCCCCGAGGGCGCCUGCAUCGGCAGCGCCGGGAGCUGCACAUCGGAGAACGACUGUCGCAUUAACCAGCGUGAGAUCUUCGUGGCCAGCAACUGCUCGGAGAUCUCGUGUGAGGCAGCUGACUGCCCGGCCUGCACCGCCUCGGGCAAGUGCAUGUGGACGCGCCAGUUCAAACGCACCGGUAUGGGGAUGGGGGGCGGGGAGCUGCAGGGGCCGGGGAGAAGAGGUAGUGGGGCAGGGGGGGGGCGGUGCCUAGAGCGCGCCAACCACACCAUGGUGAGGGGGGGGCGGUGCCUGGAGCGCGCCAACCACACCAUGGGGGCACAUUGUGAGAAGUGCCGGCCACUCUUUGUGGGCUCGGCGCUGAAUGGGGGAACCUGCCGGCCCUGCCGCGCGUUCUGCCGCGGGAACAGCGACGUCUGCAUCUCCCGUGAGGAGCUGGUGGCCGCCCGGCGAGACCCCGCCCGCUUCCCGCUGGAGCCUUCCCUGGUCCCCAGCUGGGUGGCUGAGGGGCCGGCCGAGGACGUGGCCAUCUGCGUGAGCUGCCAGAACAACAGCUUUGGGGAGAAGUGUGAGAGCUGCCUGCAUGGCUACUUCCUGCUGGAGGGCAGGUGCACCCGGUGCCAGUGUAACGGCCACGCAGACACGUGUAAUGAGGUGGACGGGACGGGCUGCCCCUGCCAGAACAACACGGAGACGGGCCCCUGCCAGAACAGUGCCCAGGCUGACAAGAAGGACUGUUACAAGUACCAGUGCGCAAGUGCCGGGACUCUCACGGGGGCGACCGUUCGGGGCACUCCAGUAGCACGGCUCAUCGUGAGCAGGAUUUUCUGCUUCGACCCCACCUCGCAGAGCAACUGCCUUCCACCGCCACCCUUGCCGCACCUGGCCCGCGCGGGCCGCCAACCUGCCUCUUUCAGGGGUGCGCCCAAGUUCACAACCGUCGACACCGCAUCACGGCUGCCUACUGCCCGUGUAUGUUUGUCCGAUAAACACGCGCCGCCGCCACCUCUGGACGGAGGUGGCCGGGGGUCCACCUCCACGCGCAAACCACAACAGCAGCGCCCCCCCCGGCUGCGGUGGAUCGGUGUAAGUGGCACCCCAUGGGCUCAUUUCACCCUACCUGACGGGCGGCGAACCAAAGACGGCAUCGGGCCGGCGGAGACGCUCCGAUGCGCGAGCCGCAGGCGUUCUGGGUGGUGCGAGGCGUGCGGGACCGGUGUGGCGGGGCUGUGA